AAAUAUUAGGAUCGGAACAUCGAAGGUAUCAGUCGUCAGUCGUCCGUCAGUCUAACAUCAUAUCAAAAGUUAUACAUAUCCGCACCAUUUCAAAAUGAGCAUCAAAAUGUCGUUAUUCGCGCUUGUCGCAUGUUCUCUCGCAGUCGUCUCCGUCGCCGCACCGUCUGGGUUGCCUUUAGCGUUUUCGUCUCCGAUCGUCGCACCCGCACCCGUGGUCACCGCGUACAGUUCGCAGUACGUGGCGAGGAACUACAACGGGAUCGCCGUCGCACCAGCCGUCGUCCCGUCCGCAGCUUACUACGGAUACCCUCAAGUUUACGCACCCGCCGCGUCCUACACUGCAGGGUUACCUUUGGUCGAGGACUAUCUCUUCAAAUAACUUAGUGACUCUAAGUAUUUAAUACGUCUUCGCCGGUUGUUCUUGCGGCCAUUGAAAACACCGUCACCGUGCUUCUAUUUUCUACUCUAUCACACGAUUACUCUUUGCAACAUAAUACAUUAUCAAUGUAAAGAAAAAAUAAAUAAAUUAUAAAAAUAAACUUAAAAAAUAUUAAAUUUUAA